UUUAUGAUAAGUGUCAACUGAAAAGAAAAUUUAUUAAUAAAGUGAAUUCAAACGCCUUUAAGCGAAGAACUACAUGUGUAACAUUCGUACAUGUACACAUACACAUACAUAUAUAGAUAUAUGUGACGUACAAGAAGGGAAAUUUUAAUAACGAUGAUUUGGGUUGAGCGAAUACGCCUGCACUAAGGCAGAAAACAAGAGCUGAAUAGAGAACCAGGGUAUCAGUCGAGCAAUUAUGUGCGAAGUGUUUAAGAUGAAGUCGAAUGUGUGGGAUGCGCCUAUUGGAAUUAUGCUCAUGUUAGCCACCUGUUGGCUAUCCCAAUUGGUUAUAGCCGGCUCAACGCCAGUGCAGGACACUGUGUCGGUAUCAUUGCCAGGUGAUAUAAUACUAGGUGGACUAUUUCCGGUACACGAGAAAGGAGAAGGUGCACCGCCUUGCGGUCCAAAAGUCUAUAAUCGUGGUGUUCAGCGCUUGGAGGCGAUGCUAUAUGCUAUCGAUCGCGUUAAUAACGAUACAAAUAUAUUGCCCGGCAUCACAAUAGGCGUGCAUAUACUAGAUACCUGCUCCCGGGAUACGUAUGCCCUAAACCAAUCGCUGCAAUUUGUCCGAGCAUCACUCAACAAUUUGGAUACAUCUGUGUUUGAAUGCUCCGAUACAUCGAUACCCCAAUUGAGAAAGAAUGCAACGUCUGGCCCCGUGUUUGGUGUUAUUGGCGGCUCGUAUAGUUCCGUAUCGCUUCAAGUGGCCAAUCUAUUGCGACUCUUUCAUAUACCGCAAAUAUCACCGGCGUCGACCGCUAAAACUUUAUCGGAUAAAUCCAGAUUUGAUUUAUUUGCACGUACCGUGCCGCCAGACACUUUUCAAUCUGUUGCUCUGGUGGAUAUUAUAAAAAACUUUAAUUGGUCAUAUGUAUCGACCAUACAUUCCGAGGGCUCCUAUGGUGAAUAUGGCAUAGAAGCCUUCCACAAGGAGGCCACCGAAAGACACGUUUGCAUUGCUGCCGCCGAGAAAGUGCCGAGCGCAGCCGAUGACAAGGUCUUUGAUGCCAUCAUUGGUAAACUCUUGAAGAAGCCAAAUGCUCGUGGCGUUAUCCUUUUUACACGCGCCGAGGAUGCCAGACGCAUCCUUCUGGCAGCAAAGCGCGCUAAUUUAUCUCAGCCCUUCCACUGGGUGGCCAGCGAUGGCUGGGGUAAGCAGCAGAAGCUGCUGGAAGGCUUAGAGGAUAUCGCCGAAGGCGCCAUAACUGUGGAACUACAAUCGGAAAUAAUUGAGGAUUUCGACAGAUAUAUGAUGCAAUUGACGCCCAGUUCGAAUAAGCGUAAUCCCUGGUUUGCCGAAUACUGGGAGGACACUUUCAAUUGUGUAUUACCCAGCUCCGAUAAUGACAUUACCCAUAAAGGAGAUAACACCAUCGACAAGGAUAAGCUUGUUUGUGAUGACACUUUUAGACUAUCUGAUAAAGUUGGGUACGAACAGGAAUCGAAAACUCAAUUCGUUGUAGAUGCUGUUUACGCGUUUGCCCAUGCCCUUCAUAAUUUGCACAGCGAUUUGUGCACCCAGAAUGAUCAAUCUAUGGGACCGCACCAUCAUCAGCAUAGCGAAACCGUGUGGUUUCGUAAGCCAGCGGAUCGCAAAUCGCAGGCGUGCCCAAAUAUGGCCAGCUACGAUGGAAAGGACUUUUAUAACAAUUACUUGUUGAAUGUGUCAUUUGUAGAUUUAGCCGGCAGUGAAGUGAAGUUUGACCGUCAAGGCGACGGCUUGGCUAGAUAUGAUAUUCUAAAUUAUCAACGCCUCGAUAACUCUUCCGGAUAUCAGUAUAAGGUGAUUGGUAAAUGGUUCAAUUAUCUUGAACUUAAUUUGGAUUCCGUCGUGUGGAACAAGGCAAACGAGAUGCCAACCUCAGCAUGUUCCUUGCCUUGCGAGGCUGGGAUGAUAAAAAAACAACAGGGGGAUACUUGCUGCUGGAUCUGCGAUAGCUGUGAAUCGUAUGAAUACGUGUAUGAUGAGCUAACGUGUAGGGAUUGCGGACCGGGAUUUUGGCCAUAUCCCGAUAAGUUAUCCUGCUUUGCGCUCAAUAUAGAAUACAUGCGAUGGAAUUCGUUAUUUGCACUUGUUCCAUUGGCAAUUGCCAUUUUUGGCAUUACGAUGACGAUAAUAGUUAUUGUGCUAUUUGCAAGGAAUCAUGAUACGCCUCUAGUGCGUGCAUCCGGACGAGAGCUCAGCUAUACGCUUCUAUUCGGAAUACUGGUCUGUUACUGCAAUACAUUUGCCUUAAUCGCUAAGCCAACCAUAGGAUCCUGCAUUUUACAAAGAUUUGGCAUUGGAGUCGGAUUUUCCAUUAUUUAUAGUGCUCUUCUAACAAAAACCAAUCGCAUAUCUCGCAUAUUUCAUUCCGCAUCCAAAUCGGCGCAGCGUCUCAAAUAUAUCAGUCCCCAGUCUCAAGUUGUGAUAACAACAUCCCUGAUCGCAAUACAAGUUUUGAUUACAAUGAUUUGGAUGAUUGUGGAACCACCGGGAACUCGAUUUUACUAUCCUGACCGCACCGAGGUGAUCUUGAAAUGCAAAAUACAGGAUAUGUCGUUCCUCUUCUCUCAGCUAUACAAUAUGAUACUCAUUACAAUUUGCACAGUUUACGCCAUAAAGACGCGUAAAAUACCAGAAAAUUUUAACGAAUCCAAAUUCAUUGGGUUUACAAUGUAUACCACAUGUAUAAUUUGGCUCGCUUUUGUACCAAUUUACUUCGGUACUGGUAACUCCUACGAGAUCCAAAUCACUACAUUGUGCAUCUCGAUUAGCUUGAGUGCCUCGGUUGCCCUAGUCUGCCUUUACUCGCCCAAGGUGUAUAUAUUGGUCUUUCACCCUGACAAAAAUGUCCGCAAGCUGACAAUGAAUAGCACUGUGUACAGACGUUCGGCCACAACAGGCGCUGGAGCGGGAGCGGGAGCGGGAACGGGAACGGGAACGGGAACCGGAACCGGUGCAGGUGCAAAUGCAGGUGCUCAGGGAUUGCCAACUAGUUCCGGAUACAGUCGAACUCCAAUUGGAUUAAACUAUGGAGACGCAAGCUAUGGUGUCGGCGUUGGAGUUGGAGUCGGUGGUGAGAUCGGAGACGGAGCCGGUGCCAUUACUAUGGCAGCGACGGAGCGAGCGUCUCAAUAUCCCAAUUCCGAUCUGGAUCAAAAUCAAAGCGUUGUCAUUCAUGCAAAUGAUGAAUGCUACAACAAUGGUGCUUCCACAUCCGAGAAUUGCGAUUGCGGGUUGGGUAUCGGGGAUCCAGCCUGCAUUGGUAUUGAAGAUUAGAUGAGAAUUCUUAUAUUAUAAUACUAGCGAAGGUGCUAGCACUCAUACAUACACACAAACACAUAUAUGUAGACGUGGCACAAGGACAGAAUGCCACAGCUUCCACUCGAAGGGAACUCCCAAAACAUCGUACAAACUAGUAACAAGGCUCUAGGUCGGUGCACCACUGGAAGAUUUUCUGAACCAUGCACAGUGCUAAUAUUUUAAUCAUUUACAGCUACUUUUAUCAUCAUAGCACGUGAGAUGGGCUUUAAUAUAGAAAAUGAACUGUUAUAGAUGAACCUCUAAAUGGAUGUCUACGUUUUUCUGUUUCAAAUUGUUCCAGAAAGGGGGGAGAUAGUCAAUAUCUGUAUAUAUCCUGGCAGUAAAUUAGAAUGGUAUCAACGUAUUGAUUAUCAUCGAAGACGAAGAAAUGUUAAUAGUUUCAAGUCGAGCUUCUGUGGCUUGCGAGAGCGACGAAUCGAUAUAUAUAAACUCAAUGAGGCAUUAUACCCUGAAGUCCUAUUUUCAAUCUGCCUUCUGCAUAUGUAUGUAAGCAUGCAUGUAUUGUCCACACACAAUGCAUAUGCAUAUGUAUGUAAAUGUUUUUAAUACAAUUGUUGGCUAAAUAUUUACGCUUCUUUUAUUGAAACAUUUACUUUAUUUAUAUACAAAACGCUUACGAAAUGAGCGUAUACUCGACGAAAAAUCAAAUUGUUGCAUUUCUCAGAAAUAUAAAAAUGGUGUGUAAAGAUUCAAAUAGAACAACAAUACACACGCACAUAAUCACUCACGUACACCCACACACACACACACAAUAUAUCACUUAAGUGUUUUAGAUUAUCCAAUAUCCUGCGCUAACUCUGCUAUCAAGUAUAUGUAAUUAAUUAUAUGUAGUACGUAAUGUAAUUCGAAGAAAUAAUAUUGUGCAUAGUUUGUUAAAGAGAAGUAAGAAAAAAAUAGU